GGCCUUCUGUCGCCCUCCCCGUCAGCCGCUUGCCCCCCGCCCCGGGGGCGGGCGGCCCCCGCUCAGCAGCGGCGGGGGGGGGGCCGGGCCCCGCUGCCCCCGCGGCAGGGCCGGGCGGGGCACCGAAACAGGAGCUGCCGCCCCGGCCCCGCCGCCUCCCGCGGGCAGCGGCUCUUCCAAAGAUGGUCACGGGGAAGCCGCGCUCCGCCCCGGGCGUAAGUUCCGCGCGGGGCGGGGCGGGGCGCGGACAAAGCGGCGCGGAGCCCGGCGCGGCCGGUGGCCCCCGCGGCGCGGCGCGUCCCGUCCCGCCCGCUUUGUGCCGCGGGUCACGGCGAUGGCCCUGGCCCUGGCCGCGGCCGCGCAGGAGGACUACGCGUACCUCUACCAGGACUCCUCUCACCCCGCCGGCUUCCUGGAAGCGUUCCGGGCGUUUUACCGGGACGGGCUGUUCACCGAUAUCACCCUGCAGUGCGCGUCGGGGGUCAUCUUCCACUGCCACCGAGCCGCCUUAGCGGCUUGCAGCAAUUAUUUUAAAGCCAUGUUCACAGCCGACAUGAAAGAGAAAUCUAAAACCCAGAUCAGGCUUCCCGGGCUCAGCCACGCCGUACUGGAAGCCCUCGUGAAUUAUGCAUACACAUCGCAGAUCCAGAUAACAAAGAGAAAUGUCCAAAGCCUACUCCAGGCUGCAGACCUCCUCCAGUUCGUGUCAGUAAAGAAAGCCUGCGAGCAGUUUCUGGUGAGGCACUUAGAUACUGACAACUGCAUAGGGAUGCACUCCUUUGCCGAAUAUCAUGAUUGCUCAGAGCUAGAAAAAGAGUCCAGGAGGAUACUGUUGUGGCAGUUUGAAGAAGUGUGGAAGCAGGAGGAGUUCCUGGACAUCGGCAAGGAGAAGCUCUCUUAUAUUCUCUCCAGAGAGAAUCUCAAUGUUUGGAACGAAGAGGCAACCAUUGAAGCUGUUGUUAAGUGGGUUGCACACAACGUGGAAGAAAGAAUCGAAGAUGUCUAUGAACUGCUGAGCUGCAUCAAAGUAGACUUAGAUAACAUGUAUCUGAGGUCAGCUUUAAGCCUACAAAAAAAGUGCCGACUUAAUGACAAGAAGAUAAGGUCACUCAUACACAGUGCCCUGAACCUCAAGCCCAAAGGUCUUUCCAGAAGACCCACAGCAGCCAUGUAUGUGAUCGGAGGGUAUUACUGGCAUCCCUUAUCAGAAGUGCACAUUUGGGAUCCUUUAACCAACGCAUGGGUCCAGGGAACAGAGAUGCCGGAUCACACCAGAGAGAGCUAUGGGGUCGCUAGCUUGGGACCAGAUGUAUAUGUGACAGGAGGUUAUAGAACAGAGAGCAUCGAAGCCCUUGACACCGUCUGGAUAUAUAACAGUGAGAGAGAUGAAUGGACAGAAGGCUGCCCCAUGCUCGACGCAAGGUAUUACCACUGCGCAGUUUCCUUGAGUGGCUGCAUCUAUGCGUUGGGUGGUUACCGAAAGGGAGCUCCAGUGCAAGAAGCUGAGUUCUAUGAUCCUUUAAAAAAGAAAUGGCAUCCUAUCGCAAACAUGAUCAAAGGUGUUGGAAAUGCCACCGCCUGUGUCCUGCAUGAAGUCAUCUACGUAACCGGAGGCCACUAUGGGUACAGGGGAAGUUGCACCUAUGAUAAAAUCCAGAGAUACCAUUCAGGUAGUAAUGAGUGGAGUAUAGUCGCCACAAGUCCGCAUCCAGGUUUUAUGAAAACCAGUAACAGGAUAGAGGAGAGACAGACUGAAAGGAAGCACGAGUUGUGUGGAAAGUACAAGGUGGCAAAGCCUUCCCAGUGCCAAGGAGGUGGCUGUGAAGAGCGUGCCUGCUCCUGCCUUUGCUGCCCCUCACCCAGUUCUCUUUCAGCUGCUGUGAGGCCACGCAGUCUGACAGUGGUGAUCCAAGUGCAGAAAUGCCUCGUGGAGCAGAGGGGCUCUUUUUGCCCAGAUCAGUUCCCCAAUCCAGUUUAUAAAGCGACUGCAGAGACAGCUGUUAGCCAUCGGCAUGGGAGGCAGGGACAGCACAGGCCUGCCGUAGGGUACGGUGGGAGCUUCCCACACCAGCACUGCCACCUAAAAUGAAAUUUUGGUUUUAUUAGAUUUAUCAGAUACUAUGAAAGGAGCUUUCCAAGCAGAUAAGCCCUGAGUUUAUAAUAUUUCUUGAUCAUAAGCAUUUUCAACAUUUUUUUUGUUCUUUCACAUUUUUAUGCUAUUUCUGACUUGCAUUUGAUUGCUGAUAGCAGGCAGCACUCAACUCUGAGCUUUGAUGUGAAGUUCUGUGAUGUAUAUAUAGUUCUUGUUUUGAUGUCUUUGUGUGUCACUUUACUAUGUCAGAAGCUCAUGUGCGCAUGGGUUCAGUGUUUUGCUUCAUUAUCCAUCCCACUGAGAGCUAUUUAAGGUUCCAAUGCAAUUUGCUCAAAGACUCUAAACUGUAAAGAGGUGUGCGGAAUUGAACACUGAUGCUGUUUGAAAUGUGUGGGCUGGGCAGGUGGGCAAAAGAAAUAAAGUGAAUGUUUCUCCUGGAAAUCUCCAUAACCGAGAAUUGUUCGGAGGCAGAUGGAGAUUUAAAGGACAUCGCGAGAGCACGGAGGUGAUCUUUGUAUUGAACAAAGUGAACUGAAUGUCUGUAAGUUAUUUUUCAGUGCAAAACAUGUACCUGCGAAGCUUCAUGUUUGUCAAAAAACAUGAGCAUAGAACAGCUGCUUGUGGCUGGCCCUGAGGUUCAUUCCGGCCCGUAUCCUGUCACUGACAGUCCUAAGUCAGUAAAAGGAUGAGAGAACAAGGCAAGGACUGAUAAAACCUCCCAGCCACCUCCUGUCCUCUGCUUCUGAACAAGGUGCCCCAUGUUGGUUGGAGCACAGGCGCUGGAAGCCGGAGCCUGCUUUCUGCCUCUGGGCACCCUGUAGCUGUGAUACGCUGCUGCUUGGCCCCCUGUGCAACUUCAAAGUGAAAAACAACCUUUAGUUCUUGUACACUAGGAGUAAUACUGCCUAGUGAGAAUGCUGCCUAGGGCUUCAGCUGAGUCCUGAUUUUUUAUGUAUUUUUGAAUGUGUUAGAAUAAAUGGAGUGUAGAAGUUCAGACUUGCAGUUUAA